AUGCUGCCCCCAAACUUUGAUGACCUGCCCCCUGUGGAGGGGAUGCCCUCAGGCUGCGCCUGGGGUGUCUUCGACAAGAACGGCGAAAAGGAUAUCUACGGCACCUUGAAUCUGAUCACUCCAGAGAUCAUCAAGAAUGCAGCCAAAGAAGUGCGUCAAGGCAUAUCUAUAUCUCUAAAUUGGCCCAUUGGAAGCAUCAAAAUCCCUGGUUUCUUUCGAAAGAGUCUUUGCCACAAUGUCUUCAAAAUGGAAGAUCAAAAUUCCAACUGCCAGUAUGGUUUCGACGAUGAAGUCGAGUUCAAUACUCAAGCCAGCAGCCAGUGGGACAGCCUCACUCAUUUCAUGCACAUUCCAACCCAGCUCACCUACAAUGGAACCAGGCCAACGAUCGAAGCCCUCCAGGCGCCUGAUCCUGCCAAUCAGCUCCCAACCCUGGACCACUGGCAUCAGCGAGGCUGUGUGACCGGGCGGGGCGUGCUCAUUGACUUCAAAAGUUACGCGGAGUCUCGGGAACUGCACUACGACCAGUUCUCCAGCUUCCGCAUCGGGAAAGAAGAGUUGGAAGCCGCAGCUGCAUGGCAAGGCCUGGUAUUCCAACCAGGCGAUAUUCUACUGAUCCGGUUUGGCGUAACCGAGGCACUGGGUCAGAUGAGCGGGGCGGAGCAAGGGGCUGCGAUGAGUACGGGUCAGAUGUGCGGAAUCGAGGGAAGCAAGGAGAUGGCGCGCUGGCUGUGGAAUCAGCGUUUUGCGGCUGUUGUUAGUGAUAACAUGGCUGUGGAAGCCAUGCCACCUAUUAUUGAUGGGGUUGAGCAGCCUUUGCAUGAGUUGGUGCUGCACCAGUGGUGUCUGAGUCUACUGGGAAUGCCUCUGGGCGAACUAUGGGAUCUGAAGGCGCUCGGCGAGGCUUGCCGGGCCAGUAAGCAGUACUCCUUCUUGCUUACUUCGUCACCACUGAACUACCCCGGUGCCGUUGGGAGUCCUCCUAAUGCCUUGGCUAUUCUGUGA